AUGGCGACUACGAUAGAGAAGCUGUUUUUGCAGAUCUUUGAAAGGAAGUUGUCGAUUACAGAACAAGUCAAGCACCAGGUCGAUCUCUUCGAUCACCGUCUCGCCUCUAAAUGUGUUCUUGGCGGAACUACCCCUCCUCCCUGGCUCUUCUCCCCGUCUCUCUCUUCCCUUCCAAAUGAAUUGAAUAAAGAGGAGCUCAUAUCAGGACUCUUACUGCCCCAGCCUCAGCCUGCAAACCCUUAUUCCUGUAGCGGCUACUCAGUGCAGCCUGCUACUACUGCCAAUAACAGUGACCUGCCGAAUGGUUUAUGCACGGAACUUCAUCUUGUCGACAAAAGCUUUGAUGCAGGUGAUAGAUUGUCUGUUUUGUCACACUUUCCUGUUAUUGAUGAUGUUCAAUGUAACUUAGAUGGAGUUCCUGAGCUGGAUGUUAGCGUUACUUCUCCACAAGAUUGUAGAGGUGCUCGAAUGCCAGACAGUAUACCUGAUCACAGUCAAUCACUGGCGAGGAUUCAGAGAUCAAAAUCAAGGCAAAAGGCUCUGGAGCUUCGCAAUAGUGUCAAAACAGGUAAAACCUGUCCAUGUGCGGAAAAUAAUGUUGGUUCUUGUACUAGUCGAUCUAGAGGGUCUGGGGUUACUUCUCUACAGUUUGAUCAUGUUGAUCAGUCAGACUUGGUCAAACUUGUAGAGGCAAGUAAUAAAAGUUGCGUUGUAGAAGAGGUGAAAAUAGGUGAAUGCAUGGUAAAGGAAAACUCUGGUGAUGUUUACCAUGGCAGAAGUCCGAGAUCUAGAAGUUCUAGACAAAAAGCCAGCUCUGCAAAAGAGUCCGGGAAUGUGUGCAACUCUACUUACAUUGCUAAGGAAGAUGAUCUUACAGGGUCUAUUUCAAAACAACAGCCUAACCAGGUUAAUCUAACAGAACUUGUUUCUGUUGUUGGUCAUGCAAGUUCUGAAGCUCAAAAAGAAAACGAAGGCAAUCACAGGGGCAAUGAAAUGACUAGCAGCAUGUACUCUGGUGGAGUUCCAAGAUGUACGAGUUCAAGCCCUAAACCCAACUCUACAGAGCAGCCUUUGGAUGUGGAUAGUUCUUCUUAUAUCGACAACAAAGACAGUAGGGAUAGAGAGUCUAUUGAUGGAUCAUCAUUACAGCCUAAUUGUGUCACUGAGAUAUCAGAAUUGGCCAAACAUUCAUCUGUUAUAUCCAAUGAAAGUUAUGGAGCGGUGAAAGCAAAAGUAAGUGAUAAAUGGAGCAAGGAAAAGGGAAGCGGUGGUUGUUCUGGGAGGAUAACAAGAUCUAGAAGCUGCAGCCAACAAGCUGACUGUGAAUCUUUGAAGCUGGAUGGCUCUUGUGGUAAUGCCGAGGAAGAAUCAAAGCGGCUUUCCAACCCUGUUGAUGACUUUAGGGAAUUGGUUAAACCUUUCAAUAUCACUGAUGACAAUUGUGGAGUGAAUGAAAUGAUGUCGAACUGCCAGAACAAUGAAGGGACAAACUGCUCUUAUUAUGGAAAAAUAACAGGAUCCAAAAGUUCCAACCAGCAAGUUGUAGUUGACGGGCUUCCAAAAGCGGAUACCUCAUCUAAUAAAGUGAAGGAUAACGACAAUUCACCGAUGCAGUCCGUUGGCAGAUCAUCAGAACCUCAUCAACCAUCGAAUCUGGUUAGAGAAGUUGUUGAUCUUCAGGAAGUGUUGGCUACUCAAGCAAAUGCCCUGCCUUGUAUCGAAAGCGAGAACAUGGUUGACCUGGGUAUAUGUGAUGCAGUUGUUGCAGGAACUGAUAUGGAUUCUGAUGGGCCAGUUGAAGCUUGUUCUGUUACUUCCAGGUCUAGCUCAGAUGGUUCUAGCCUUGGAAUGGAAGUUUCAGUCUCAAGGCCAGCCACUGACUGUGCUAUGCCAGUGAAGCCCAAGCAGCUUGAUUUUGAUGAAGUGGAAGACUGUAGUUUGAAUGACAUUGCUAAUCCUACAACAGAGAACAAACAACAGUCUCUAUCAUCAGAGAGACGCAUUUCUACCUUUCUGCAUUCAACAGGUAUAUUGGAUAAAGUAUCCGUUAACAACCAAGAGAAGCCCAUCUUGUCCAUUAAGAUGCCAUUUCUUGAGGACCAGGAAGUUCUUGUCAAAGAAGAGAAACCUCGGAAUGAUUCAUCUGAAGCUUUUGUGAAUGAGACUGCUCUUCUAGUUGAUGAAAAUACCACUAACUCUGUGCAUAAGAAAAUUAAUUCAGCCAUUUCUGAAAACCAAAAUGGAGAUUGCUACAUCAUGAGUUCAUGGCCUCAGCAUAAGAGGAGAAAGAUAGCUGGUCAACUGAUUAGUUCCUGUUAUGCUUCUUCAAGUUUGAUGAGACAGCAUAUUGUUACGGAUAGUGUGAAGGGAAAUGUAAAUGCUAUAGAAGAUCCAGAUGCUGUCCAAAUAUCAGAAAGGUUUUAUAUGUCCCAUGUGGGGGAUGACAUGCAACCGAAUGCUAUCAAGAGCUCAUUUGAAGGCAUUCAUGAGAACUCAGGGCCCCAUAUGCCAGGGCCUGAAUUUCCAUCACCAAAGCUGCAAGUUGAAGAGGUUGAACCUGGCUUGGAAGGAAGGAGUAGAAGUGCAAAUACAUGUGGAGGAUGCUCACCAUCAAGUUUGACAAAACGUUCCACUGGAGUUUCUCAAGGUAGUUCAUUGGAAAAAGUUGCGUCAAGCCCUACUAUUGUCAUCUUCGAUGAAACAGGGCAGCACACUGCAGAAAAGAACCAAUUUUCACUGCAACUUGAAGAUAGAUUUGAACUGGGUAGCACUGAAUUUUUUACUUGUACUGAAACGACCAUGCAGCAAAGGAAAUCUCAUCUGGGAAGGAAUGGCAAAUCACCAUCUAGUUUGGUUAGUUCUCCACAUAGUCAAUCAAUGGAUUUGAUUGGUGCUGAUCAAAGUAUGCCUGUAUAUGAGUGGUUUGGUGUGGAAAAUGAGGGAACUGACUUUGGACAAUUGGUUCUUUCAGAUAAUGCACUAGCAAGUGCAAUUGCUGUGGAGCGGCUUUGCAAAUCUGUUUGCCUUGAAACACCUCUAUGCCAUUUUUCUUCUGCAUUUAACAAACAUAAAACACUAAAUUUAAAUCACUCUGUCCCAAAUGGAGUUUUAGAAGGGAUGGAGAUGAGCACCACUGUUAAUAUGAAUAGUAACACUGGCAAGCAACUUGAGGCCAGUUCCAAUUGUUUCACUGAUGAAGUCAACGACACCUUGCAUGGGAGGCUGCAUUCUGACUCCCCAGCAUUGUCUAAUGCUCCAUCUACAUGGGAUAUUAGGAAACCUUAUUCAUCUCCAAUAGGGAAGCUCUGGGAAGGAGUCACAUCGAAGUCUGGGAGUUCAGAGAAGAGAGCGAGCUCCAUUCCAGAUCUUCCCUGCAUCAGUGAAGAAAAUGAGAACACCAUUGAGGUACUUGAAACAUUUCAGGAUGGUGUUGGUUUAGAACAGAUAAUCAGCUCAGUCAAAAGAGAACCUCUUGCUGAUAGUACAAUUACAAAAAGUACUCCAAUAUUGGCUUGUGAAUCUGAGACAGUUAGUGAUAGAUACAGUCUUGCUUCUGUCAACACAGAGUGUAGCUUCACUGGCACUUGUAGAAGGGACAAAUUGAAGCAUGGAAACCAGAAAGGCAAUAGAAGGAAACAUAAUAUUAAGGCAAAGGAGAAUGAGAGCAUACUGGGAGUAAAUGGUGUUAAAAGGGCCAAUAAAUCUCACUAUAACAGAUCGAGUAAGCCAAUCUUAUCUGGAAAAACCAAUUUGAGAAAAGGAGGUCCAGGUCUUAUGUUGACCGAGUCUAGACAUAACAAUAUUGUAUCAAACAUUACUUCUUUCAUUCCACUUGUGCAACAAAAACAAGCAGCUGCAGUUGUUACAGGAAAAAAGGAUGUUAAAGUGAAGGCCCUGGAGGCUGCUGAGGUUGCAAAGCGUCUUGCAGAAAGGAAAGAAAAUGAACGAAAGAUGAGGAAGGAAGCCUUGAAACUUGAGCGAGCAAAGAUGGGGGAACAAAACUUGAGGCAGUUGGAGCUAGAAAAGGAAAAGAGAGAACAAGAGCGCAAGAGAAAAGAGGCAGAUAUGGCAGCAAAGAAAAGACAGAGGGAGGAAGAAGAAAAAAGGAGAGGGAAAGGAAAAGAAAGCGUGUUGAGGAAGCAAGGAGGCAACAGCAGCUUGUGCACGAGGAAAAUUUACAUGCUGAGAGAGGAGAGAGAGAGAAAAAACGAUGAAAGAGCAUUCGAGAACAAAGAAUCUAAGGACAAAUCAGGAAAGCAUGAUAAGAUAGAGAAAGAAAAGGGAGACAACAAUCUUCAGAAGGUGCCUGAGACUGAACCUGGGACUUCCAGGGUUUCAACAAUUGAUGAUGGAAAAUCAAGCAUUAUUCCUGAAGGCUGUGUGGCUUUGGGUGAUUGUGAUGAUAAUUCGAAGGAAAUGACUGUCUUUUCCAAGGCAGCUGGGAAUGGCAACAUAAUGUCUAACAUAAGCCAAGAACAGUCGUAUGAGAUUUCUCCAUACAAAGGUUCGGAUGACGAAGAUGAAGAUGACGACAAUGAUGAUAUGGAGAAUAAUAAAUAUAUUCCAUCAUGGGCCAGGAAAAAUCAUGUGGGUCUUAUUGUUUCUUCCCAGCAAAGUACAGACCCACAAACCAUUUUCACCCCAGAAAGCUUUCCUGAAAAAUCUGAAGAGAAUCAAGAUUCAGUGAGUAUGAGUCCAAGAAAUAUACAUUUUUGCAUCUUUCUCUUCAUUCUCUUCAACUUCAAUGACUCUCCUUUUGUGUUAGCACGUGCUAGGAAUUUAAGUUUUGAGUUCCCUUAUUUCAAUCUCCGGAAUCUCACUCUCCUUGGUGACUCUUAUCUCCGGAAAGGUGUCAUUGGCCUCACACGUGAUGCCACGGUGCCUUCUUCAAGUUCUGGCACUGUAAUCUACAACCACCCAAUUCCCUUUUUUGAUCAAGAAUCCAAUUCCACAGCUUCUUUCUCAACAAGGUUCAGCUUUUCUAUCCCUAGUGUCAAUGAAAACUCUUUUGGUGAUGGUUUCUCUUUUUUUCUUUCACAAGAUAACCAAACUCUUGGUAGCCCUGGAGGGUACUUGGGUCUUGUUAAUUCUUCGCAGUUGACCAAGAACAAGUUUGUGGCUGUUGAGUUUGACACCAGGCUUGAUGCCCAUUUCAAUGAUCCAAAUGACCACCAUGUUGGUUUAGACAUUGAUAGCCUUAAUUCAAUUAAGACUGCUGAUCCAAUCUUGCAAGAUAUUGAUUUAAAGAGCGGAGAUUUGAUCACAGCUUGGAUUGAUUACAAGAAUGAUUUGAGGGUCUUGAAAGUUUAUAUGAGCUAUUCAAGUUUGAAACCGAGAAAGUCCUUACUAACUGUAGACGUUGACCUCUCUGAGUAUCUUAAAGGGGAUAUGUAUGUGGGGUUUUCCGGUUCUACAGAGGGAAGCACUGAGCUUCACCUCGUUGCUAAUUGGAGCUUCAGAACCUCUGGCUUCCUUCCUCUGAAUCCAAAUUCAAAUCCUCACAAUGUAUCCGAUAGUUCAGUCACAGUAACAACACCUGUUAUCCCUAUAUCAAAUGCUGCAAAUAAACUUCACAGGAGCCUGGGUUUCGGUCUUGGGAUUGCUGGUCCGGCUUUCUUUUGUGCGUUCCUGGUGGCUUUUGGUUAUAUUUCUGUCAGGAAGUGGCGGAAGAUUAAAAGAGUUAAGAGCCUGAAAGCCGAGCUGGUGACAGGGCCAAAGGAAUUCAGCUACAAAGAGUUGAAGUUAGCCACAAGAGGGUUUAAUUCAAGCAGAAUAGUGGGUAGAGGUGCAUUUGGCAAUGUCUACAAGGCCUUCUUCAAGUCUUCGGGAACCAUUGCUGCGGUGAAAAGAUCGAAGCAUUCCCAUGAAGGUAAAACUGAAUUCCUUGCUGAGUUGUCAAUUAUAGCCUGCCUGAGGCACAAGAAUUUGAUUCAACUACUAGGUUGGUGCGUUGAGAAGGGUGAGGUGCUGCUUGUGUAUGAAUUCAUGCCUUAUGGGAGCCUUGAUAGGAUGCUAUACGAAGAAGGGUCUGAGCUUGGAAUACUUUUAAAUUGGGCACAUAGGCAAAAGAUUGCAGUUGGCUUGGCCUCUUCGCUAACAUAUUUGCAUCACGAAUGCGAGCAACAAGUCAUUCAUAGAGAUAUAAAGACUAGUAAUAUAAUGCUCGAUGGAAACUUCAAUGCAAGGCUGGGUGACUUUGGAUUGGCAAGGCUAAUGGAACACGACAAGAGUCCUGUCUCAACGCUGACUGCUGGGACAAUGGGAUACUUAGCUCCUGAGUAUCUCCAUUGUGGUAAAGCAACGGAGAAAACCGAUGUUUUUAGCUAUGGAGUGGUGAUACUUGAACUGGCUUGCGGUAAGAGGCCGAUUGAGAGAGAACCAGUUAGCCAAAAAAUGGUGAAUUUGGUUGACUGGGUUUGGGGACUGUAUGGUGAGGGAAAGAUCAUUGAAGCAGCUGACAGUAGGUUGAAUGGAGAGUUUGAGGAGGUAGAAAUGAGGAAGCUCUUGCUUGUGGGUUUGAGUUGUGCUAAUCCGGAUGCCAUGGGGAGGCCUACCAUGAGAAGAGUCCUUCAAAUCCUCAACGGUGAGGCUGAGCCUAUUGCAGUGCCGAGGAAGAAACCGAGCCUCACAUUCUCUUGCGGCUUGGCAUUGACGCUUGAGGACAUUGUUUCUGAUUCUGACUAG